AUGCUAGGAAAUCGGGAAGAGACAGAACCGAAUUCUGUUCCUCCCGAGGUGUUCAGAGAAGCAACAGUUCGCACGAGAAAGAGGAAGGCAGAUGUUGCCAUUUUUUUACAUGAUAUUGACGACGAGGUAGCAGGGAUGACAAGGAAGAAACAACGUGACUGUGAGAUUUGGAGCCCCGACACUGGGUGUGCCAGCCCUCAGAGGUGGAUCCCCACACCUGAUAAUGAGGACAGCCAGCCAGUCAGCCUUAUGAACACUGGUUUCCCCCACUACAGCUUUAACCAUGUACUGGCAACCCCAGUUCAUUGUUCCCCGCUCCCUGCUUUGUGUUGGGCAAGUAAAGAUGUGGUUUGGAGCAACAUGCUGGCCAAGGACAAGGCCUACACACGAGACGUCAAAGUGAUGGACAAACACCCACACCUCCAACCCAAGAUGAGGGCCAUUCUGUUAGACUGGCUCAUGGAGGUGAGUGAAGUCUACAAACUCCACCGUGAGACGUAUCACCUUGCUCAGGACUUUUUUGAUCGUUUCAUGGCCACACAGAAAAAUGUCUUUAAAUCAACGUUGCAGCUCAUAGGCAUAUCAUGCCUUUUUAUUGCUGCUAAAGUCGAGGAAAUGUAUCCUCCCAAACUGCACCAGUUUGCUUAUGUCACAGACGAAGCCUGCACAGAAGAUGAGAUUCUCAGUAUGGAAAUUAUCAUUAUGAAGGAGCUGAACUGGAGCCUCAGCCCUCAGACGCCCAUCUCUUGGCUCAAUGUUUACAUGCAGGUGGCCUUCCUGAAGGAAACUGAUGAGCUGCUCAUCCCCAAGUACCCCCAAGCUACCUUCACACAGAUCGCUGAGUUGCUGGAUGUGUGCAUGCUGGAUGUCCGUGGUCUUGAGUUUUCCAAUGGGGUCCUGGCUGCCUCAGCUCUGUUUCACUUCUCAUCCUUGGAACUAGUGGAAAAUGUUUCAGCUUUGAAAGGCUCAGAGGUUGAGGAAUGCGUGAGAUGGAUGGUUCCAUUUGCUAUGGCGCUCAAAGAGGAUGAAGGGAGACCAAUGAAAACGUUUACGGGCAUUUCAGACGAUGAUAUGCACAACAUCCAAACACACACUGCCUACCUGACAUGGCUGGACAAAGCGUCUUCGUACCGGGAUGCAGGACUGCACUAUCAUGGCCGUUGCUCUGUUCCUUCAGGUGUGCUAACUCCACCCAUGAGCAGUGAAAAGAGUGAGGACCAGGAGCCCAACGUGCCCAAAGUCAUUCCCAGGAUGCACACAGCCUCUCCACAGCAUCAAUUAAAGUAA